UGAAUUAAAUAACUCAAGAAAUUAAUUAACGUCGCCGUCGUCGUCUUUCUUUCCUCUUUUCUCUCUAAUAGACGUCGCCGUCGUCGUCUUUCUUUUACUACCCAGUCGCUCCACGCCAGGCUCAUGGCCUUCUUCACCCAUCACCACCUUCAACAGCCGCAACCUCCGGCGCAACAGCAGCAGCAGCAGCUGGCAGUCCCCUUCAGGAAUUUCGUGCCGAUCAAUGGGCAAAUCCCUGCGCCUGUCGAUUUCAUUUCCGCCUCCUUAGCUGAUCCAACCCAUCAUUCUGUCAGUCGGUUCAUGGGCCUCUCCCCAGGCGCUGGAACGGAGGUGGACGGUGGAUUGAACGGCUGGGAGCCCAUGAGGAAGCGGAUCAAGGAGCAGGAUUUUCUCGAGAAUUCCCAGAUUUCGUCCAUUGAUUUCCUUCAUACCGGGUCAGUAUCCACCGGAUUAGGACUUUCACUGGACGAUCGGAGGAUUGUGGCUUCAUCUGGGGAGUCACAGCUUCUAUUUCUACCAACCUUCGACCAGGACAUCAAUCAUGAGAUGCAAAGAAUGGAUGCAGAAAUUGAUCAGUUCAUCAAGCUCGAGGGUGAGCGUCUUCGGAAAUCAAUAAUAGAGAAGCUUCAGAUGAAACAAUUUCAAACUAUAGCUUCCUUGGAGGAGAAGAUCCGGAGGAAGGUAAGGGAGAAAGAAUCAGAAAUGGAAGACAUAAACAAGAGGAAUGCGGAGCUUGAGGAACAGUUGAAACAGUUGGCCCUAGAAGCAAGCACAUGGCAGCAAAGGGCGAAGUACAAUGAGAGCUUGAUAAAUUCCCUCAAAUAUAAUCUUGAGCAACUAUAUGCUCAGAGAAAAGACACGAAGGAGGGGUGUGGUGACAGCGAGGUAGAUGAUGCUGCCUCAUGUUGCAACGGGGAUAUGGGCUUGCAGUUGAUGUCGAAGCAGAAUAAUGAUGUGUUGUCUAAGGUGUGCAAGGUGUGCGGCGUAAAUGACAUUUGCAUGCUUUUAUUGCCCUGCAAGCACGUAUGCCUCUGCAAAGAAUGUGAAAGCAAGCUUAGUUUCUGCCCUUCAUGUCACACAUCUAAAUUGAUCGGCAUGGAGAUCUAUAUGUGAUCAAUGGCCUCUUGGAGAUGCUACACACCUUGUCUGCUAUUUUGUGAAUAUCUCUGUCUCCCAAAUUAAAAGGACUCUGAAUGAUACAUGAGACGUUUAUGCUCUCUUGUUGUAUCCAAAUGCAGAACUCUGGUUUGUGUCGUUAGAGUUGAACAGCAUCAUUUAGCCCUUCAUAUUGAACUCGUGAUAGAAAA